AGGCGCGACAGACGCCGUACACUCGUGAGACGGGUCCCACAAGUGCACAAGGCUCGGAACUUAUCAUAUCACACUCUGAUACCAUCAAAAUCUGAAGAUCAAAUCUUUAAAAUUCUCUCAUAUCAUAAAAUCUCCAAAUACAAGAUCAUGAUUCAUAUCUAAAAUUUAUAUCCAAUUACAAUAUGGCUAGCUUUCUAACUCGUCACUUCCCGUGGUUUCCCCGUCCUCGAUUUCACUUCUUGAAAUGGUGGACAAGGAAAAACUAUGAGAUAAACUCAGUAAGUAAAUAUGGAGUGCCCCUUAUCAAACUUAAAGCAUGCCAACACGUACAAUCAUGAAAACAGAUACAAUACGGGCACAAAAUAGACGUCUCCUCUAUAGGUCAUGGCCAGCGUUUAUAAACCUCCCACUGGCGGGCACACGAUUUGCUGGUGUAUAACCCCCACUAGUAGGGUUGAACGAACCGGCUCUUUCACUAACAUGUCGACAUGUGCUAGCGUUUAUAAACCUCCCACUAGCGGGCACACGAAUAACAUGACCAUAUCGGAGACAAAACAGGCAGAAGUUAAUAGGAAAAUCACAAUUCACAAUCACUUUCAGAUCAUCAGGACAAUCACUUAAAUUUCAAGUAGGCAUGCUCAAUUUAAUGAAAAGCGUAAAACAUUUCACUUCAAAUCAGUCAUACUUGUGUAAAACGGGUUUAGUCCCGCCACCACUUCAAAAACAAAUCAAAACAUGCUUUUAAAACAGUACGGGCAUUACCAUAAAUUUACUUACCUCACUUGCAUAAAACCGAGCACUCAAUCUCAAUGCUAACUGACAGAAUGAUUGGGAACCUAAUCAAAACACCUCAAAAUU